CUUUAUUUCAUCUCUCUUCCUCUUUUCCGCGUAGGUUUCUGGCGAUUCGAGAACUUCCCCUCUCUACACAAUCCAAAAGCUUUUGCCUUUAGCUACUCUUCAUCCUUAUAAGUCUCCUCCUGAAGAUUUUAGUUAAAGUUUGAUCCUUUACUCUGUUCAAUGACGUUGCUCGAAGCUAUCUCUAAAGCCGUAGCGAGUCAGGACCGAGUCCAAUCUGACUACCCUUUCCCUCUUAGCCAAGACGGUGUCUUUGCUAACGUGAAACCCAAGGUAGAAAGCACUAAUCUUGGUACUCUUAUCAACCCACUAACUGGUUGGGAAAUCUCUGGAAGCGAUGCUGAGUUGAUUGAAUUGGGUAAGAAGUUUUCGUCUAAGCUGAAAACUAAGCUCAAGGAUACGAAGAGGUUUGAUAAAGGUGAGUUUGUGAGUAUGUUGAAGCAGUUUCUGGAGAAGAUUGGUGAGAAAGUUGGGGUUGUGAACAAGGAGAUGAAGGAUUUGGUGGAGAAUACUGAGGUUUUGAUGGGUAAAGAUGUGGCUGGGUUGGUUUGGGGGGAUAAAGCUUGUUCUGAGAUAAAGAAGAUGGUGGAGAAGACUGGGGGUUUUAUGGGUAGAGAUGUGUCUGGUUUGGUUUUGAAGGGUUGUGUUCGUUUAGAGAUGUGGGAGUUAGUUGAGACUUUGGUUUCAAACUCAUUGGUUGAUCAUUCUUUGAACUCUUACUUGGUUAGCAGUCUUGUUGAGAAGCAACGGUCUGAUUUGCUUUGUGUUGUGAUCAAACGAGCUUCAGAUCUUGGAGCGAGUGAGCUGCUUUCGAUCUUGAAGUAUUUUCUUUGCCCUUCUAAGGAAGCGGUUAGCACUAUGGUUAAGGUGAGAGAGGAAUGGGAUAGUCAAGCUUUGUUGGCUAUUGAGAAAGUGAGCAACGCAGAGGUGUCAUCAAAGAAGGCUAAAGUUGCUGAAGAGGCUUCGAUCUUGCUGAUGGUUGCUCACGACGGGUUUUUGCCUUCUGAGCUUUGUCUUCACUACUUGUUAGCUUCGUCUGAUGUUGAUGAAGUCAUGUUUGCGUCUGCGGUCAGUAAGUUGAAUGGUAAUGAGAUGAGAAGCUUCAUUAGGUACUUAUCUAAAUGGAUGAAGAAGUAUGAGAGGUUCCCUCAAGCUGGUCCAUGCCCUAAAGCCGCCUCCAUGCUCGGUUUGAAGCUGUGCGACUGGGUUCCUAAGCUUGAGGAUGUGACCAAAUGUUUGGGGAUUAUUAUCGAUGAGAACUUCUCUACUCUGGCCCUGCACUCGGAUUUGCAUGAAGAGAUGAAGGCUAUUGAAAGAGUAGCAGAUGGUUUAGCUUCGGAGUCAAAACUUUGCUGCUUUGUGGCUAAUGUUGCUGAGAGAUUGAAACUUGGAGCUGCUAAAAACUAGAUGUUGGAUAGUUCUUGGAGUUUCUCAGACUAAAUGGCUGUUUGCUGCAACCUUACUUCACUUUUUUUUUUUAUAAUGUUCUGCAGUGUCUUUUGUAUUUUCUAGUUUCAGUUAAAAACAAUUUUUAUAAGAUAUAAUUUUGGUCGUUAUCGUUGAGAAUAUCUUUGUUCAUAAACUUAAACUAUUUGGGAUUCACAUAAGAUGUGAAGAAGGAAU